AUGUCGGUGCCUUUGCUGAAGAUCGGCGUGGUGCUAAGUACCAUGGCCAUGAUUACCAACUGGAUGUCCCAGACAUUGCCGUCUUUGGUAGGGCUUAAUACUACCAAACUCACCGCUGCCCAGGGAGGCUAUCCGGACCGAAGCACUGGAGUGUUACCUGCUAACCCGGAGGAGUCAUGGCAGGUGUACAGUUCUGCUCAGGACAGUGAAGGUCGUUGUGUGUGCACUGUGGUGGCCCCUCAGCAGACAAUGUGUUCGCGAGAUGCACGCACCAAACAGCUGCGACAGCUUCUGGAAAAGGUGCAGAACAUGACCCAGUCAAUCCAGGUGCUGGAUCAGCGCACUCAGAGAGACCUGCAGUAUGUGGUUAAAAUGGAGGAUCAGCUACGUGGCCUGGAGACCAAAUUCAGACAGGUGGAGGAGAAUCACAAACAAAACAUCGCCAAGCAAUACAAGGCCAUAAAAGCGAAAAUGGCGGAGCUUAGGCCCCUGAUCCCUGUGUUGGAGGAGUACAAGGCGGAUGCCAGGCUGGUUUUGCAGUUUAAGGCGGAGGUGCAGAAUCUUACCUCCAUGCUGGGGGAACUGCAGCAGGAGAUGGGGGCCUAUGACUACGAUGACCUGCACAGCCGCGUUACUAGCCUAGAGGAGAGGCUACGCGCCUGCAUGCAGAAGCUAGCCUGUGGGAAGCUCACUGGAAUUAGUGAACCUAUCACCAUUAAGACGUCAGGUUCCAGAUUUGGAUCCUGGAUGACCGACCCACUGGCUCCUGAAGGAGACACCAGGGUGUGGUACAUGGAUGGUUAUCAUAACAACCGUUUUGUGCGGGAGUAUAAGUCCAUGACUGACUUCAUGACAUCUGACAACUUCACCUCCCACCGGCUGCCCCACCCAUGGUCUGGCACAGGUCAGGUGGUCUACAACGGCUCCAUUUACUUCAACAAAUUCCAGAGUCACACCAUAAUCAAAUUUGACUUCAAAACAUCCACCAUCAGUAAGACUCAACGAUUGGACAACGCCGGCUACAGCAAUGCCUACCACUAUGCCUGGGGUGGCCACUCCGACAUUGAUCUGAUGGUGGACGAGGGCGGGCUCUGGGCUGUUUAUGCUACCAAUCAGAAUGCAGGCAACAUUGUCAUCAGCAAGCUAAACCCAAUCACACUGCAGGUCAUCAAGAGCUGGACAACCAAUCAUCCGAAACGUAGUGCAGGGGAGGCGUUUAUGAUCUGUGGCACAUUGUAUGUCACUAAUGGUUACUCAGGAGGGACAAAGGUUUACUAUGCCUUCCACACCAACUCUUCUACCUACGAAUAUAUUGACAUUGCCCUUCAGAAUAAGUACUCUCACAUCUCAAUGCUAGAUUAUAAUCCCAGAGACCGGGCACUGUAUGCUUGGAAUAAUGGACACCAAGUCCUGUACAAUGUCACAUUGUUUCAUGUCAUCCGUUCCCAGGAACUGUAA